UGGAACCGUCUUCUUGUUCUGCAUCAAGACAACUAAAAGGUAAACCAAAUCUUCUCUCCAUCUCCGUACAGUUAGCAUAGCUUCACUCAACUUGCCCUCUCAUUUCAUCACUCAAUUCGAAACCCCAGAUCGAUAAAACAGCUCCCCAUGGGUUGCACGCAAUCGAAGAUCGAGAACGAAGAAGCCGUCACGCGAUGCAAAGAGCGAAAGCACUUCAUGAAAGAAGCUGUUUCCGCGCGGAACGCCUUCGCCGCCGCUCACUUCGCAUACGCCAUGUCUCUCAAAAACACCGGAGCCGCCCUCAGCGACUACGCCCACGGCGAGGUCCAAAACCCGCAACUCGCCUUUCAGAGCAACGCAUCUCAUCCGUCGUCAUCGGUUACCGCCGCCGCCGCCGCCUCCGCCUCCGCCCAGGCGCCAUUCGAUCAACUGAAACCGCCGCCUCCGCCGACUCUACAGGGCUUCCCUGCGCCGCUGCAGCGGGCUGCCAGCAUGCCGGAGUUCGUCAAAACGUCAAAAACCCGGGAACCCAACGGCGUGGGAUCCCCUAUUAUGGAGGAGACCGACGCUGAUGAAGAGGAUGAAAUUGAAGAGAAAUUGAUUUCGAGAAAGAGAAGCAGCAGUAGAAAUAAAAGUGUGGAUCAUCAGAAUGUGGUGGGGCCCACGUCGCCUGAAAGGCCGGCCCCACAGGUGCAAAGCAGUGGGAUGAUGUCGGAGCUGCACGAUCAGCCUCAGCAAGAAGCGAUGUACGAUUUCUUUUUCAAUCCGCAUGGCCAACCAGGGUCGACUUUGGAGGAGGUGAAACAUGACAUGGUGUUUAAUGAAAAACCAAAAAGAGAGGAGUAUGUAGAGGAGAAGGUUAAUGCUGCAGAGACGGCGGCUGUGGAGGAGGAGAAGGUGGCGGCAGUGGCGCCACCUGUGGAAGAGGAGAAGGUGGUGGCGCCUGUGCCGCCUACUGGUGAAGGAGGGAGUGUUGGGAAAAAUUUGAAGAGAGUGAAGGCGACAGGGGGAGGAGGGGAGAAGAAGAUGGUUAAAGGGAGUGUAAAUCUGUUGCAGAUAUUUACGGAGCUGGAUGAUCAUUUCUUGAAGGCCUCGGAGAGUGCUCACGAUGUUUCAAAGAUGUUGGAGGCCACCCGGUUGCAUUAUCAUUCCAAUUUUGCUGAUAACCGGGGACACAUUGAUCACUCGGCAAGGGUGAUGCGUGUUAUUACAUGGAAUCGGUCAUUUAGAGGAAUGCCCAAUGUUGAUGAUGUGAAGGAUGACUUUGACUCAGAAGAGCAUGAAACUCAUGCCACUGUGUUGGAUAAAUUACUAGCUUGGGAAAAAAAGCUUUAUGAUGAAGUAAAGGCAGGUGAACUUAUGAAAUUUGAGUACCAAAGGAAGGUUGCUUCGCUAAACAAGCAAAAGAGACGAGGUACCAACUCUGAAUCGCUGGAGAAAAUAAAAGCGACAGUGAGUCAUCUACAUACUAGAUAUAUUGUUGAUAUGCAAUCCAUGGAUUCAACAGUUCUAGAAAUAAAUCGUCUACGAGAUGAACAGCUGUAUCCAAAACUUGUUCAGCUUGUUGAUGGGAUGGCAACAAUGUGGGGGGCCAUGCAUGGUCACCACGAGCAGCAGUCUAAGAUUGUGUUCCAGCUAAAAUUUUUGGACAUAUCUCAAUCCCCCAAGGAAACAACAGUGCACCACAGUGAGCGCACCAUGCAGCUAUGGGCUGUUGUGCAAGAUUGGCAUGCACAGUUUUGUAAGCUUAUGGACCAUCAGAAAGAAUACAUUAAGGCUCUGAAUAAUUGGUUAAAACUAAAUCUCAUUCCCAUUGAGAGCAGCUUGAAGGAAAAGGUCUCUUCUCCUCCAAGGGUUGCAACUCCCCCCAUUCAGAGGCUCCUAAUUACUUGGCAUGAUUAUCUAGGGACACUUCCGGAUGAGGGAGCAAGAGGUGCUAUAAGUAACUUUGCUGCCAUUAUUAAUUCCAUUAUGCACCAACAAGAAGAUGAACUGAAAUUGAAGGCAAAAUGUGAGGAAAUAAACAAGGAGCUUUUGCGCAAGACCCGACAAUUUGAAGACUGGUAUCAGAAGUAUAUGCAGCGGAGAACACCUGAAAAUGUGGAUCCAGAAGAUAGCAUGCACAAGGAUGCUGUUCAAGAUAGACAGUUUGCUUUGGAUCUGAUGAAGAAGCAAUUGGAAGAGGAAGAGGAAGCCUACCAGAGACAAUGCGUUCAGGUGCGAGAGAAGUCUUUAGCAAGUCUUAGAACUCACUUGCCGGAGCUCUUUAGAGCAAUGUCCGAUAUAUCCCUUGCUUGUUCAAGAAUGUACAGGGAAUUGAGAAACAUAUCACAGCACUAGAGGCCAAGUGAAAUCUCAUCAUGAGAUUGCAUUUUGUAAGUUUGUAUAAUUUGUUUGUAUGUGUCAAUUGAAACUUUAUAUGCUUUCUAUACAGAACAAGUAUAUAUUUAUUGUCAUUAAA